AAUAGAAGAAGACAUUGUAACUUCCUAACCUAACAUAAUUGACAGAUAAAUAUAAAUGCCAUAAGUAUAAACUAAAAACUGUAUUAUUAAUCCAUUAUUAAUCCCUAAUUCCUAAUCACAAUUCACAAUAAGUUACCAAGAAAGUAUGGCAGAUGAAAGUUUAUUUGAUUUUCUUCACAACGAAAUAGUUACUUAUGUUUUAGAAAGCAAUAAUAAGCAAAAUGCUGGAAAGGAUGAAGAUUUAUCUGUGCUUGAAUAUAUUGGUUUCUCAACUGGAUAUAGAAUUAUUGAAAGGUUAACUAAGGAAAUGCCUAGAUUCAAAGAUGAACUUGACACAAUGAAGUUUGUCUGUACAGAUUUUUGGUGUGCUCUCUAUAAGAAGCAAAUAGAUAAUCUAAGAACAAAUCAUCAUGGAAUUUAUGUAUUACAAGAUAAUAGUUUUAGAUUUUUAACUAGACUUUCUAAUGGCAAACAGUAUUUAGAUGCAGCUCCCCGAUAUGUAGCAUUUACUUGUGGUGUUAUUAGAGGAUGCCUUGCAAAUUUAAACAUUAUGUGUUUGGUAACAGCUGAACUCCAAAACAUGCCUUCGUGUAAAUUCCAUAUUCAAGUACAAAGAACCUAAUAAUUUAACUUAAAAUUUUUAUAUUGUAUAGUUAGGGUUAAGCAUAGUUAGGUUGAGUGCUUGUUUUAUAGAUAUGAUUUUACAUAUUACACAAAAAAGUUUAAUGUGUGUCAUUGGUUAAAUAUUGAUUUUAGUUUAUAAUCCAUUUGUUAGUAACUAUAUAAAAAUAUAUAGCUAUAUAGUU